CAGACCAGGAGCUGAGGAUGGAGAGCAUGGAGGACAAAUCCCCACGGCAGAACCUCGUGGAAGAGGCUGUUUUGAGCGGCUCCACAGCACAGGAAUCCAACGGGGAGGAAAAGCCCCGGAGAUCCCUCACGAGGAGGGGCUGCAAACGCAGAUCACGGGAAUCUGAGGAGGAAAGACCCACCCUGGGCCUGGGAGGCGGCCGGAACUCAGAGCUGGGGGUCCAUAAGCAGGUUCAGGAUGGGGAGAAGCCCCACAAGUGCUCAGAAUGUGGGAAGAGCUUUAGUAAGCGAUCCUCCCUGAUCAUCCACUGCAGAAUCCACACUGGGGAACGGCCCUAUGAGUGUGGGCAGUGUGGGAAGAGCUUCAAGAGGAACUCUGAACUGAGCAGACACCGGAGGAUCCACACAGGAGAACGGCCCCAUGAGUGUCCCCAGUGUGGGAAGAGCUUCUACAACCGUCCUGACCUGAUCAAACACCAGAGGAGCCACUCAGGGGAGAGGCCCUAUACGUGUGGGGUGUGUGGGAAGGGCUUCAGCCAUAGCUGCGGUCUGAUCAUCCACAUGGUAAUCCACUCGGCGGAGAGGCCUUAUGAGUGUGGGCAGUGUAGGAAGAGCUUCAGAAGGAGCUACGAACUGAGCAGACACCAGAAGAGAAACACAGGGGAACAGCCCUACAAGUGUCCCGAGUGUGGGAAGAGCUUCUGCAAGCGUCCUGACCUGAUCAAACACCAGAGGAGCCACAUGGGGGAAGGUCCCUACGAGUGUGAUAAAUGCAGGAAGAUGUUUUACACCAAGUCCGAUCUCAUCAAGCACCAGCGCACUCACACAGAGGAGAGGCCCUUCCGCUGCCUCGACUGUGGGAAGGGCUUCCAGUACAACUGCACCCUCGUCAUCCACCAGAGGAGCCACACCGGGGAGAGGCCCUAUGAGUGUGAUAAAUGCAGGAAGAGGUUUCAGACCAGCUCCCAUCUCCUGCUGCACCAGCGCAUUCACACAGAUGAGAGGCCCUUCCGCUGCCCCGACUGUGGGAAGGGCUUCCAGCACAACUGCACCCUCGUCAAACACCGGCGCAUCCACACCGGGGAGAGGCCCUAUGAGUGUUCUGAGUGUGGGAAGAGCUUCUCUCAGAGCGGUAACUUGGCCAGACACCAACGGAGCCAGCACAAGGGCAGCCCCGUGAGUGCCCCGAGGGCAGGAAGAGCUUCCUCCACUACUCGAGCUCCAUCCCCCACAGAGGGAUCCACCCUGGCUGAUCCCCAGUGACCCUCGCUGGGCAGAGCCCGGGCAAUCCCUGGUGCCAGUGAUCCAUCUUGGUAAUCACUGGUCUGUGGGCUUCACAUCCUCCUGGCACCCCAUGGCCUGGAUUUUCCUUUCAUUUCUCUUUGUCCCUUCAAAACACCCAAAACCGGGGUAAAAAUAAAGACAUUGAAAUAA